AUGAUUCGGCUGGGAUAUUGUGUUAGUAAGUCCCAAUUGGGAUGCUUUGGACGUUUUAUUAUGCAUAAUAACUUAUAUCAAUUUUCGAAAAGUAGAAGCUUAAGUACAGAUUUAGACUCAAAAUUUACGAUCCUAAAGGUCAACAGUAAGCUUGUUGAUGCAAAAAACCUCAAUAAAUAUUUUAAGAAAAUACUUAAAAAAUCUUUUAAAAAGGAGGAAUUGAGGUUUCUACUAAACUACACAGUGAACAAUAUGCCUCAAGCACUAGAUGAUGUCAACUUGUUAACAAUACUCAUAAUAAUGUCAAAACUGGAUAUAAGGGACCAGUUACUAUUUAAUUCAAUCCUUCCGCAUCUUUAUAAAAUUAGUGAUUUCAAUAAAAUUAUAGAGUGUUUGUUGUACAGUAGUAUGUUAUUUAAGGAUGACGAUAACAUAAAAUUAUUUGCCACUAAGUUGAUAUUUGACCUACCGUCACACCUGGAUUCCAUUAAUUACAAUAAUAUUUCAAAGCUUUGUGAGUCGCUAUGUUUUCUUAAUUUAUACUCUGAAGAAUUCGCUGACCUGAUCUCAACCCUGGUUGAUAAGAAGAGUUUGGCUCGUGGAGAGAUUGAAAUUUUGAAUUUCAGCUCAAUUUUAAAUUAUCUUUCACGAGUCAGAGUUGGAGAUGAAGCUGAAUGGAGUGUCUAUGCAAAUUUUUCAUUAAAUAACCUCUUAACUACCAAUUAUAAGCCAGUAAUCAAAUUACUACAAUCAUUUGUCAAUCGUAAUAUACACCACAAAGUCUUAUUCAGAAAUUGUGGUGACUUUUUAGUCAAAUUCAUUGAUCAUAUGCACCCAAAGGAUGUAUCAAACCUGUCCUAUUUAUACUUUAAAGUCAAUCACCCACACCAUGCCUUAUUUAAUGAAUUAUUUAAAAUUGGUGAGAUGAUUUCUACUAAUCUGGAUGGAAUUUCGUCACUAAAACUGUUAUCUGGCUAUUAUCUAUAUCACUCUUCACUUCAAAAUAUGUUACCUGAUAUCAAUUCGGAACCUGGACUCUCUCCAAAUACGGCUCUUUUACACCGUUGCAGAACUGUUUAUCUAAUCUAUAAUAACAUUUCCAGGGACCUAAACUCUUUUUAUUUCCAGGAUUUCCUACUUCUCUUCAAGACUCUGGAGUUCUUUAACUUUAUAAACACCAAGAACUUACAGAUGAAUCUGAAAACUUUUCUGAAAUUUCCUGCAAAUGUUGGUAAAACCAAGCUAAGUAAUCUUGACCUUGUUAAGCUUAGAUACACAGAAAAGAAGCUAAUUAAUACUGAUCAGCAGUCUUUUAUUAGACUAUUAAUGUCUUGAUGUUGUUUAUGUAAUAUGAU